AUGUCGUCAAAUCGAUACGCAGGGGGAGUCCCCAUGCGCAACGGCGGCGGAUAUGGAAACUUUGGCAGAGCACCAGACGCAUACGACUCUUAUAGCGACGGCCGACCGAACGACAGAAACGACCGGUAUGGUCCCCCGCUUGGACCAAGGGUACCGCCGCAAGCUCUGCGCAACAUGCCCUCACGAGCUCGCGUCCAGGAUACCAAUGCUGAGAGACAGAUCGCUCAAGUGCUAGAACACAUUAGGCGUGACUGGCCAUCCAUGUGCGAAAACGACUCCAUACCCGUCCAACUCGCGCUUCAGCUGCUCGACUCGAGCUCCGUCGGCCGCGCCCACGAGUAUCGCAAGUUCCAGGAGACGCACAUGUAUCUCCAGGACUCGCUGAAAAAUAUUGUCCACGAACACCAUCAGGGCUUCAACAGCUCGAUUGGCACUUUUCACAAGAUCCAAGGCAGCAUUCAAGCGUCUCAGAAACGUGUCCGAGACCUCAGGGAGUCGCUGGCGAGCUCCAAGGCUAGCUUGUGCUCCAGCGACCCGGAACUCAAGAAGCUUUCUCAGACGUCGACAGAGUACGACGAAUUACUACAAACACUGAACGAGUUGGACGAUUUGCGGGCCGUGCCUGAUCAACUAGAGGCUCGGAUAUCAGAAAAGAGAUUCUUGGGUGCUGUCGAAGUACUGCAAAAUGCAUUGCGCAAGCUUAGACGGCCAGAAUUGGAUGGCAUAGGGGCAUUGGGCGAUUUGAGAUUGUACCUCGCCAAUCAGGAAACUGCAUUGAUGGACAUUCUUGUAGAAGAGCUGCACGAGCACCUGUACCUCAAGUCGCCGUAUUGUCAGGACAGAUGGCAGAGCCUUGCCAAGGCGCAGGGGGCCUACGGCGAGAGAUAUGGGGACACGAACAGCAUCCAUCCUUUCCAUUCGGUCCUGAGUUCUAUGGAUCUGGAAAAAGCAGUCACCGAGGAUCCAACCAAAAAUCCCGAGGCCGACACUUUCAACUACAUCGGAUUGCUGGUUGAGUCGUUGAACAGGCUUGGUAGGUUGCAGAAUGCUGUGGAGACCCUGAAGCAGCGGCUGCCGGUUGAAUUGUUUGGAGUUGUCAACGAAACCAUCAACGAGGUGGAUCAGAGACACCCGAGCUCACUCCGUGGCACUGUUGGCAAGACAGACGGGGUGUUUGUUUACAACAGCCGCGAGACGCAGAUGCGAGCCGACGUCAUAUACGACCUGCUGUGGAAUUUGUACGGCAAGUUUGAGGCUAUUGGGGAGGGCCAGCGCGCAUUCCACGAGUUCGUCAAGGCUCUCAUCCGGCGCGAAGGGGCUGGAAAUAAUAGUGCCCUCUUGGGAAGCUUCAAGGAGCUUUGGAACCUGUAUCAAAACGAGAUUCGAUCCCUCUUGCACAAUUAUGUCACCACUGAUGCAGACAUUUACCAAUUCGACUCGCCAAAUCCGGGAGCCAACGCGAGUAGCAAGAAGGACGCCAUGAGGGAACACUUGUUCAAGUUUACAGAAACGGACACCAAAUCUGUUGACAUGGUGACGGAAUUUGAUGCGUUGGAGGGAAUCAUUCAGGCCACAGUCCCGGGACUCACAAGUGGCACGCGGAAGCACGGCUUCGAUUCCAAGAAGAACCGUGUGGCCGUGGAUGGCGGUCUCACGAGGCGAGAUACGGGUCAAGGACUGAUGGGAUCCAGCAAACAGUUGACUGGAUCUUACAAGUCGCUCGUCGAGCCGAGCGUCUUCAACAUGAGCUUGUUGCUUCCCCCGACCUUGACAUUCCUUCAACGGCUCAAGACUAUUGUUCCCCCAGGCUCUGACCUGGCCACUAGCACACUGACAACAUUCCUCGACAACUUCCUCGUCAACGUCUUCCAGCCUCAACUCGACGAGACGCUGAGCAAGCUCAGCGACACGGUGUUUAGAGAAGCAGAUUCCUUCUUGCAAGACCAAGCGUGGAAACAAGUGGCGCCACGGCCUAUAUUCAAGGGCGCCAUCCAGUUUUUCCAAGUUGUCACUGCAUUCUGCAAAAUGUUGGGCACGAUCCCGCCAGACCAAGCACUGAGCUCGCUCAUCGUCACGCAAAUGAAGCGCUACCACGAUCGAUGCUCUACCUGGUACAGGUCGCUCGUGACAAAGACGCAGGACCACGGCGAGGACGCAAACAACUUGAGGGCCUCGGCACGCUUCUCUGCCCAGCCCGGGCCGCUGCAGGAUAUCAUGAGGCAGGUAUUGGAUGCCGAGGAAUCGUCAUUGGCAGAGCUUCUGUCCAAGGAGAGUCAAGCGCUGAUUGAGCAAACCAACGCCUCGCCGCUUGAAAUGAACGACAUUAUCCAAGACAGAGACACCAUCUCGUCGCUGUGUCUCUUAUACACGAGCAUGAAGUGGCUGUCGGCCAGAAUCUCGAGCCUGCGGUACAUAACAGCCCACACCACAGAUUCUUCAAGACAAGCCGUGCCUCGACAAGCAAAGCGACGAUGGACCUUGAUGAACGACCACGGAAAAGCUGCUUCGGACCAAGCUCGCGUCCAGCUACCUCUUACCCAAGAAACAGUGCAAACAUUCGACGACAUCGUCUCCUCAUACCAAGAUCUCGCCAAAACCGCCCUCCUCACUCUUCACGCAGAAGCGCGCACUCGCAUUGUCCACUCGCUGCACAAUGCCCUCUCCCCUUCGCUGGCACCAUACCUCCUCGAGCAAGAGGUCCGCGAGCCAGACCCGCCCAUCCUCUCUCUCAACCUCGAACUGGUGCUUUUCGACGAAACCAUUGUCCGGUACCUGCGCGACAAGGAAGUCGCCUUCAUCCGCACGGGCCUCGGCCUCCUCAUCAACAACUACCUCGUGUCCAACGCGAGGCUGGCAUCGCCCAUGAACGCAAUGGGCUGUGGGCGAAUGCAGCUCAACAUCUUGGUGCUGCAACAGAACCUGAAAAACGUCGAGGAAGGAGUCGACCUGGCAAGGGCAGCGAACUACUUUGCCCUGUUUGACGGGGGACCCGACGCGGUUGUAGAAAAGGCAAGGGAGGCCAAGGACAGGGAGGCCGGCAGCGGCGCCGACGACGACGACGACGACGACGCCGAGUCGUUCACCUUGGACGAGCUCAAGGCGCUGCUGGAGCUGUGCUUCAGCGAGGGCUUGAGCAACAGGGAGAGAGGCAUUGCGAGCGCCGCCAAGAGGCAGCUGGAUGACAAGAUGCUCGAGCUAGGCGAACACGUGUAG